UUUGCAUCCAUGUCCUUAAAAUAUACUCGUACUAUUCUUAAACGCCCCCAUUACUUUUUUCCCGCCUUAUUAUUAUUGUUAUAUAUUUAUUUUAUAAGUCCCGCCUAAACUAUUAAAGGGCGCGCAAAAGAUUUAAAACAAAAAAAGAAAAAGCAUAAAAUCAAAUUGUUCAGCAACCAAAGAACAGAGUCAGAAAACAACCCAAAUUCUAGAGAGAGAAAGAGAGAGAUCAUGGAUGCGAAGAAAGCAGGAGCUUCGUUGGAUUCUUUGAUCUCUGCGUUCAAUUCUCGAAUUUCUGAGCUUCAAAAUCUCGUCAUCGCUCGAAACAUGUACCCUGCGAGCAGCGUCUCGGAUUUGUCGGCCGUCGACGUCGAAUUGACGGCGAUGGAGCUUCAGGUGCAGGGAAUCAAGGACCGCUUGCGAGAAGAAACCCUAGUUAUCCCCAAAGCUAAGAAAGUGAUCGAUGACUUGCUGAAGCAGCAGAAGAAAUUGCAGAGCAUGUCAGUAUACGUUCCCUCACGUAUUCCUGAAAGAUUGCCAACACUGAACUUGGACAACAACAAAUGUUUGCAGCCAGAGGUCUCUAAACAGGAUGCUUGUUUUGGGUCUUUGAAGCUUGAGGAGGAGCCUGCACCACCUAAGGAGAAAAAGGGUCGCUCUCCACCAUUAUGGUUCAUAACUGACGUUGAACUGGAUUUAUUGCCCUCAUACAUGAAAGGUAGGCUUACUCUUGAGAAGAUUAAUGCAGCUAUUAAUGACAUGGCAACCUAUGCUGAAGCAAAUGCUCAGAUUAUAGCUGCUCCCAAGAAGAAGCUUGCAGAAAAUCUUUGGGAGAAAGCCCUUGAACUAAGAGACAUUGCCAUGACGGAAGCAGUCAAAGGAAAACAUUUCAUUAUUGAAAGCGAUAUUAAGGGGCCGGCCCUGAAACGUGACAACACAGGCAAAGCAAUAAUAACUGUCCUUCGUCAUCUCGGGCGUAUAAGCGAGGCACGGAUUGGACACAAACGUGUCUUCAUUCUUGUGAGGCCUUAAUAAGGCAACACACGUUGGUUGCGUGGGCAUGGCAUAUCUGCUUAUGCCAUGCUAAGUGCUAGAAGUUUUCGGUAGGGCUAAGAUGUAAUGACUGUAAAAGAUUAUGUUCGAUUAGUUUUCGGUAGGACUAAGAUGUAAUGACUGUAAAAAAUUAUGUUAGAUUUCCAUUCCUUUUAUACAUUUUUUAUAUUUUGCUCGCCUUCUUUCUUUUGGUGUUUGCAAGCAUGGUGGACAGUUUGAAUCCCUCCCCCAAGUUCAA